UACUCCCGCAACCAUCCCCCAUUCAAAGCUAGGACUAAUUCAUUUAGAAAUCCAAAGAUCAGAAUUUAAAAAAAAAAAACGGGGACUUUCCUUCUACGGGAUUUGAAAGAAAUAUCCCUUCAGUUCAGAAUAUCUACAGGAGCUUCCUGCCAAGAGUCACACAGCGAAUUAUCUAACUGCUGCUGGCUUAUAUGAUUCAAAUAUCACAGAGACUGACUUAGCAGCACACAUGACAGGAAAGAGACUGAAAGAACAAAUAGAAAAUGCAGAAGUUGGUUGCUGGACGUGGAAGGACACAGCAGUGCUGGGAACACUGCCGGAGACUGGGGCUAUUCUGCUAGAAGGAUAAGGCCUUUAUUCUUGUGUUUUCCCAAAGGUUCAAUCCACAUUUUUUUCCUGCAUGUAGCAGACAGUGUGUAUAAGGAGGAUAAUUUUAUCUUGAAAUAAUACACUACAUUACUGAUUGCAACAACAGUUUCUCUGCAAAAAAUGAACAAAACAUAAUAUGAAAUCUUAAGGAAGAAACAGAAAUUCCUGAAAGCGAUGGAGAAAAUCAUAAAUGCGUAACAAAUUGUGCUAUUGCCACCCACUUGGAGGAGUCUGAUACCAUUGUUGAGGUCAAAAGAGAAGUAGAGACUCUGGAAGACAUGGAAGAAAAUGAUGCAUACCUAAAAAAAUAUGUUAUGGCCACCAGUGAAGCAAUAUUUGAUCAUAGGUCAGAGCCUGGAAAAUGCAAAACUGUUGGUUUUCUGAGAGUUCCAGAAACCUUUGAGGAUGUUACUGUCAUUUUCUCAGAAGCGGAGUGGAAGAUAUUAAGAAAAGAAGACAAGGAGCUUUACAGAGAGGUGAUGGUGCAGAACUAUGAAACGAUGGUUUCAGUGGGAUACAAAAUCCCCCAGAGUACAUUGUUGCUGCUACUUAAAGAUUAUGAUGAGCUACGAGAGGAUACCAUGGAGGGGACAAAGUCCACAGAACAGAAGGAUAGUCUUGACAACAGGCUCUCUGGCAUCAGAAGCACAGAUUAUGGUAUGACUUGCAGUCAUCGGCCAUCACUUGGGGCAUUCCAGUUUUGUCAUUCUAAAGAGAACCUGGAGCAGUGUGUUCAGCCUGGGAACUUCUCCAAAAAGUCUCAUCUCACUGCUGUACCACAACAUUACGCAGGAUUUAAAUGCAGCAAGGUCACAGAAUGUGAUACAAGUUUUACUGCACAAAAGCCGCUAAUAAGUCAGACAUCUCACACAUGUGUUCUGUGCAGUAGCUUUUAUAGAGAGAAUGAUGAUUUCCUAGGUCAUCAAAAGACACCCACAGGAGAGACACCAUAUAAAUGUCUUAAAUGUAGGAAGUGUUUUUUAAAUAAAUACAACCUAAGAAUUCAUCAAAGGGUUCACACGGGGGAGAAACCGUAUAAAUGUUCUGAAUGUAGUAGGUGUUUUGCACAUAAACAAACUCUCAGAACCCAUGAAAGAGUUCACACGGGAGAGAAACCAUAUAAAUGUGCUGAAUGUAGUAGGUGUUUUACACAUAAUCAGACUCUCAGAAUCCACCAACGAGCUCACACAGGAGAGAAGCCGUUUAAAUGUACCGAAUGUAAUAAGUGUUUCAAACAAAAAACUUCGCUUAGAAGUCAUCAACAAAGUCAUACAGGGGAUAAGCCAUAUAAAUGUGAUAAAUGCAGUAAGAGAUUUAUACGGAAGAAAGGCUUACUAAUACAUCAAAUGGCUCAUGUGGGGGAGAAACCUUAUAAAUGUACUGAAUGUAAUAAGAGCUUCAUCCAGAGGCCUAACCUACUAAAACAUCAAAAGACUCAUACAGAUGAAAAACCAUAUCGGUGUUCUGAAUGUAAUAAGUGUUACAAGCAAGGAGUGGUAUUUUUAAGAAAUGGUGAUUUAGUAAUACAUCAAAAGAUUCACAAAGUGGAAAAACCAUAUAAAUGUCCUGAAUGCAGUACAUGUUUUAAACUUAUGUGCAACCUCAGAAUCCACCAACGAGUUCACACUGGGGAGAAACCUUAUAAAUGUGCUGAAUGUAGUAAGUGUUUUACACAUAAACAAACACUCAGAAUCCACCAACGAGCUCACACAGGGGAGAAACCAUAUAAAUGUGCUGAAUGUAGUAAGUGUUUUACACAUAAACAAGCACUCAGAAUCCACCUAAGAGUUCACACAGGAGAGAAGCCGUAUAAAUGUACUGAAUGCAGUAAGUGUUUCAAACAAUUAGCUGCCCUUAAAAGUCAUCAGCAGGGUCACACAGGUGAUAAACCAUAUAAAUGUAAUGAAUGCAAUAAGGGAUUUGCACGAAAAAAAGGGCUACAAAUCCAUGAAAAGACGCACACGGGGGAGAAACCAUAUAAAUGUGCUGAGUGUAGUAAGAGCUUCAUCCAGAAGUAUCACCUACUAGAACAUCAAAAGACUCACAUGGAUGAAAAACCAUACAAGUGUACUGAAUGCAGUAAGUGUUAUAUAGCAAAGAGUGGCCUUCUGUAUCAUCAAAAGACUCACGCAGGAAAAAAUGAGAGCAAAGCUGACAUAUAGACUGUACUUGUAUAGCACAUAUCAUGGACAGAAGUAGGUAAAAAAAGACCGCUGGGAGCACAAGACCCAGGAUAAAAAGUUCCCAAUCCUGGUAGGUGCACCACUGCCAGGACUGGGAAAAAUAACAGUGUAGAAUCCUCCAAAAUAUGGAAAUAUUCCUACAGUGACCAGGCUCAGACGGAGGAUGGCCCCCUGUUGUAGAAGGAAGUAGUAAUCCACAAAAACUGAUGGGCCAAAAAAGAGCCCUAAAUAAGAUAGAGUGGACUAUUGUGGAUAAGAAAGAAAUUAUGUAUUAUCACUAUUGUGCAAAAUGCCCAGAAUUUCCAGGCACAAGAUGUACAAAAUGAUUAAGAGAGAAAUUAGAGGAAAGAAAAACUGCCGAAAGCCUCAAGUAAAAAUUCAUGCUCAUUAAUACAACAUAUUUGUGAAAAACAGUAUAUAGAUAAGAAAUGUUGAUCUGUUUGGAAAAAGAAGCAUCUGAGGAAGUGCAAAAAUACAACAAAACCUAGAGAUCUUUGAAAA